GCGGUCCCUCUGCAGAGGGCUGCGCGCUCCGCGGUCUCCGGGGCUCUCCGUUGUUUGGGCCCGUGCUCCUCGACCUCGGGAGCAGAGCUGGCCAGAGACCGCGACGAUCUGGGUAAGUAGAGGCAAGACUAGAGGCUCUGGGUCAGAAUCUGGUGCACUGAGCCCUGGUAACGGCGGCAGACCCCGGGUCCUGGUCACCAGAUUGUGAGGGACACGACUGCAAGGUCGCCGAUCCUCAGACGGCUCCAGGUUGGGCUUCAAAUAAAGAAGAAGUUGAGCCAGGAAAGUGCUUUCAUUCAAAGAGUAAAUUAAAAGAAGACACCGUGAGGCUCAGAUAAACAAGGCGUUCGUGUCCUGAAGAAGUCACAGAAACAGCUGUGGUGUGAGGGGAGAGUGGACACGUAGGAGAAAUCGGAGCUGGUGUGAUAUUUCUGUCACAAAAGACUUUCGGAGGAAGGGAAAAGACACGUUUCUAGAGAAUGAAAGAGUGCAGCGUCAAAAUGGAGACCAGCGUUUCUGAGAUUCAGGUAGAGACGAAGGACGAGAAGGGACCAGUAGCAGCCAGUCCUCAGAAAGAGAGGCAGGAGAGAAAAACAGCCACACUCUGCUUCAAGAGAAGGAAGAAAGCGAACAAGACAAAACCCAAAGCCGGUUCCAGGACUGCUGAGGAGACAAAGAAACAUACCCCCGAAGCUGGGGGCUCUGGUCAACGGCAACCAGCGGGUGCCUGGGCCUCCAUCAAAGGCCUUGUGACACACAGGAAAAGGUCCGAGCCUGCAAAGAAGCAGAAGCCGCCUGAGGCAGAGGUGCAGCCCGAGGAUGGGGCUCUUCCUAAGAAAAAGGCAAAAUCCAGACUUAAGUUUCCUUGCCUAAGAUUCUCAAGAGGGGCAAAGAGAAGUCGUCAUUCCAAACUCACAGAAGAUUCAGGCUACGUCAGAGUCCAGGGAGAGGCAGACGAUUUGGAGAUAAAAGCCCAGACCCAGCCAGAUGACCAGGCAAUCCAGGCUGGGUCUACCCAGGGCCUACAGGAAGGUGUGUUGGUGAGAGAUGGUAAGAAGAGCCAAGAAUCACACAUAAGCAACAGCGUCACCUCGGGAGAGAAUGUGAUCGCCAUAGAACUGGAAUUAGAAAACAAAUCUUCUGCUAUCCAGAUGGGAACUCCUGAGCUGGAAAAGGAGACUAAGGUGAUCACGGAAAAGCCAAGUGUGCAGACGCAGCGAGCAAGUCUACUUGAGAGUUCAGCAGCAGGCAGCCCUCGGUCAGUGACUUCUGCUGCUCCUCCAUCACCAGCAACCACACAUCAACAUAGUCUGGAAGAACCCAGUAAUGGCAUCCGGGAAAGUGCCCCAAGUGGGAAAGAUGACAGGAGAAAGACUGCUGCUGAAGAAAAGAAAUCAGGAGAGACUGCACUGGGCCAGGCAGAGGAAGCUGCAGUUGGCCAGGCAGACAAAAGGGCACUAAGCCAGGCCGGAGAAGCUACAGCGGGCCACCCAGAGGAAGCUACUGUGAUCCAGGCAGAGAGUCAGGCAAAGGAAGGGAAACUGAGCCAGGCAGAGGAAACUACAGUGGCCCAGGCAAAGGAAACUGUAUUGAGUCAGGCAAAGGAAGGUGAACUGAGCCAGGCAAAGAAAGCUACAGUUGGCCAGGCAGAGGAAGCUACAAUUGACCACACAGAGAAAGUCACAGUGGAUCAGGCAGAGGAAACCACAGUGGGUCAGGCAGAAGAAGCUACAGUUGGUCAGGCAGGGGAAGCUAUAUUGAGCCAAGCAAAGGAAGCUACAGUUGUUGGUCAGGCAGAGGAAGCUACAGUUGAUCGGGCAGAGGAAGCUACUGUUGGUCAGGCAGAGGAAGCUACAGUUGGCCACACAGAGAAAGUCACAGUGGAUCAGGCAGAGGAAGCCACGGUGGGUCAGGCAGAGGAAGCUACUGUUGGUCAGGCAGAGGAAGCUACAGUUGAUUGGGCAGAAAAACCCACAGUUGGUCAGGCAGAGGAAGCCACAGUGGGUCAGGCAGAGGAAGCUACAGUUGGCCACACAGAGAAAGUCACAGUGGAUCAGGCAGAGGAAGCAACAGUGGGUCAGGCAGAGGAAGCUACAGUUGGCCACACAGAGAAAGUCACAGUGGAUCAUGCAGAGGAAGCCACAGUGGGUCAGGCAGAGGAAGCUACAGUUGGACAGGCAGAGAAAGUCACAGUGGAUCAUGCAGAGGAAGCCACAGUGGGUCAGGCAGAGGAAGCUACAGUUGGACAGGCAGAGAAAGUCACAGUGGAUCAUGCAGAGGAAGCCACAGUGGGUCAGGCAGAGGAAGCUACAGUUGGACAGGCAGAGAAAGUCACAGUGGAUCAGGCAGAGGAACCCACAGUGGAUCAGGCUGAGGAAGCUAUAUCGAGCCAUGCACCAGAUCUGAAAGAAAAUGGAAUUGAUACAGAGAAACCGAGAUCAGAAGAAAGCAAACGAAUGGAGCCAAUUGCUAUUAUCAUUACUGACACUGAAAUCAGUGAAUUUGAUGUUAAGAAGUCUAAAAAUGUUCCUAAGCAAUUCCUAAUUUCAAUGGAAAACGAGCAAGUGGGGGUUUUUGCUAAUGAUAGUGAUUUCGAGGGGAGAACUUCAGAACAGUAUGAAACACUCUUAAUAGAAACAGCAUCUUCUCUCGUCAAGAAUGCUAUCGAGUUGUCUGUAGAACAGCUGGUUAAUGAAAUGGUUUCCGAGGAUAAUCAAAUAAAUACGCUGUUCCAGUGACUUCGUUUCCAGGUCACGAAAAGAAAGGGGGGAAAAAAACCCUUGAAAGAUGAAUUCUUUUAUCCCUUUGUGGCACUUCUUUCUCAGUAAUAAAUUAGAGGCUUAUCAUCUGUGGAAUCUAAGGGUACAGUUCCAGCCCAGAAGUGCUAAAGGAUCAAUGAAGGUUGUAAAACUCUGUCAUUGAAACACAGUUCUGGACUGGAGGGAGUCAGCACAGAUCACAGUGCGAAGUGACUUAUGGGGAGGUGUGGAAGUGGCAGGCAAUAGCCCAGUGCUUUGAGGAGGGAAGACUACUGAGCACUGGGUAUGCUAUAUGGUUCUUUAAUGUCACUAAGUCUGGGUUUCUUUCUGAUGGUUCGACCCUGGGUUAUAGGUGAACGCUCCAUUCGCUUUCCUUUUACAGGGUCUUCCUGCUGUCUCUAGUGGUGAAUCAGGUGAGUGGGCUUUUCUAGUCUUGAGCAAGUUCUGUACUAAAGGUGUUCAUGGGUUCCUUCGGUCAGGCCAAUAGUUAACACAUGUGUAGGCAUGGACACAGGAAGUGUGUUCUCUCCCCAACAUCCCUCUGCCCAGAAGACCUGUAUAUACCCAUCUGUGAGUGAACCUUUCUCCUGAGAAAUCAAAUGGGGAAGAGUAUAUUUUUUAUCCAGGAGGCAAACUUCCCAGGUAGCAAAGGAUUCUAAUAGCAGAGCUACUUCUUUGGGUUGUUUUUUUGUUUGUUUGUUUUUUCCAGAUAGUAUUUCUCUGUGUAACCCUGGCUGUCCUGGAACUCGCUCUAUAGACCAGGCUGGCCUCGAACUCACAGAAUUCCGACUGCCUCUGCUUCCCAAGUGCUGGUCGAGAUUAAAGGUAUGGGUCAUCAUCGCCUGGCUAAAGGGCCAGGAAACCGUAAUAUUCUUGUGAAAAUAGUUCUUGGCCAAACAUAAACUAUGUAAUGAACUGAAUAAAAGGUCAAAAUUCACACUAAAGCCUAGAUUUUCAACACCAGUAUUUUUCAUUUUGUCUAGCCAUAACACUGUAACAUACUACCCAACCCCACACGUUAGGGUCCAUAUUGUACAGCACCCCCAUCCCACUAUCUAAACUAAGUGAUACUGUUUCUACUUGUUACAAAAGAUGUGGUACACAUGGUACAAUGUCUGUUGAGCAUCUUCUUGAGGCAUGAGCACCACUAGUUGGUUUGGUUGUUAUUUUUGUUUUUUGUGUUGUUGUUGUUUUCAAGACAAGGUUUCUCUGUGUAACCUUGGCUGUCCUGAAACUCACUCUGUAGACCAGGCUGGCCUCCAACUUAGAGAUCCGCCUGCCUCUGCUUCCUGAGUGCUGGGACUAAAGUCGUGCGCCACCACUGUCCAGCGAGCACUGCUUAUUUUCAUCCACUUUGCACUUACACUGUGUUUAUGGGCUGCAUAUGUAUACACUGCUUUUUCCUAUCUUUUAUUUUGUAAAUACAUAUUGUGAUCUUGUGCAAAAGUAACUAAUGUGGCUUUGAAAAUUAACCAAAUGGUGGAUGUUUAGCAAGAUUCUUGGCUGGAAUGUGAAAAUAUUUUCUUCAGGCUUGCCUAUCUUCAUGUUUGUAAUGGGUGAUGGGGUAUCAUUCAAUUUAGAUAAAAACACAACACCCCUUCAAUAAAUUUAUUUUAAUGGUUUUCCUCUUAGACAUAAAACUAAAAAUCACUCCUAAAUCAUCUUUGAAAGAAUAUUUUAACCCACUGUAUAUGGUGCUAAUAGACUUGUAUAGAUAGCUACCAGCAAAUAUGUUUAAAAUGAACUUUUAAAAGCCUGGUUAAAGUUGGUACACUUUGCAGUACUUUAAACAAUUCUGUAUCUAUUUACUAUAAGAAUGGCUCCAAGGAGAGCCACAUUACACUCACAUUAAGGUUUCUAAUCUCUUAUGAAUGAGUAAAAUCUAUAAGAUACAAGCUCUUAGUUAUUGAAGAUAUUCUGGGUUUGGAGAUUUUGAAAAGCAGGCACAAAGUAAAUUUGUAAUUUUGGGGGUAAGAUAGUAGCCCUGGGUUUCAGGGUGUGUGUGUGUGUGUGUGUGUGUGUGUGUGUGUGUGUGUGUAUGUUCCCUACACUACUAUUUGAUAAUUAUACCUUUGGUUAGAAGGUAUUGUUAUAAUUGAUUGUUUUUAUAAGAAAAUAUAUUCUCCUUCAUUCUUAAGUAUUUUCUCUGGCUUUUUAAAGCAUAAUUCCAACCUGUAAGCAGAAUGCAGAAAUUCAUUAGUGGGUCACAACCCUAAGUAUCUGCUAUGUGGCCAAAUGAUAGUGAAUCUUAGGGUGGUCCAAACUAUUCUGUUGUUAUAAAAAUAAGAGAUGGCUUGGAAGUCUGCCAUCAUUUUUUUUUUUUUUUUUUUUGGUAAUGGGAUGUAUUUCAAGCAGUUUGACUUUCUAUGCAAACUAUAUAGAAAGAUUCUGACUCAAUUUACACCCUUGUGGCCUUAAACGGACCCAUUUAGAUGCAUCAACUUAGGGUAGUCACAUUAAUUUUCAUUGAAAUUUGCCUUUAAUGAACAUUAGCUAAGAUCAAAUUUCUUCUUGAAGUCGGAAAUUUCUAAGGCUGGGGGCGUCUAUCAGAUCCUUGAUAAUUUUUCAGUGUCUUCUCUUCACCCCCUGAAGUCAAGCGUUAUUCACACAGCACAGAGGAUACAAGCACUUGCCUCGAUCUUUUUGUGUGUGACUAUUCACUUAACAUUUGUUCAGCGUACUUUUUUAAGAUAUUAAAAAUAGUCCCCAGUAACAUCUAAGUAAAGGCAGCAGAAAACAAAAGACCUUUCCAACAGAAAUCAUGUUCCCUGCCACCCCCUCCACCUCCAAGAAUAAUAAGCAUGUGGCACAAAUGGAUCUCUUCAGAAAAGCUGUCUGCAUAAUUUUCCUCCAGGUAACGGGCUUGACAGCAUGAAGAUGGGGAUGAUCUUAAUUGGUCUACUACUUAGUGGAGUCUUAGACACGGCUUUACUUCUGAGAGACAAUGCGGUCUCGACAGUGUAUCGAGAGAGGCUUCGUGCUUGAGACUCAUUAGCUCUGUGGCCUAUGAGAAGGCCCUGGGGCAGCCUUGCACAUGCAUCCAGCCCAGAGUUCAUUUCAUCUGCAAAUGUCUGAUUUCCAGUUGCCUUAUUAUUUUUUUUUUAUAUAGCUGAGAAUUGUUUUUAGGGGGUUGUGGCAGAAUUUUUAAAAUAAUUGUUAGACUUUCAAACCCUGUUUUUUGAAAAGUUCCUUUAGUCAGCUUCACCGAAUAAGUAGUCUACUUCCUGGUUAAAUGCUAAAUGCACCAGGAUUUGACUUUUAUACCUGCCAGUUUUGCACUUUUAGAAUACCUUUGUUUAAGUUGUAGAGUUUUUUUUGUUUGUUUGUUUUUUUGUCUUUGUCCAGAGCUGAGGACCGAACCCAGGGCCUUGCGCUUGCUAGGCAAGCGCUCUACCACUGAGCUAAAUCCCCAACCCCAGUUGUAGAGUUCUUGAGGUUCAAGUUCCUGUUUUACAGCGCAACUAAGUUUCUUACAUGAAAUUGAAAAUUUCAAUCCAUUUUGCAUUUUAUCACACAUUUUUGGAAAGAAUUUUUGUAAUGAUCCUUGAUGACCAAAAUUUAUUAGAAUGACUUUACAUAAAGUAUGGGUGCCCCAAUAAAGUUGGAUUCAACACGUUAACACCUGUCAAAGACUAUGAUAAUAGGCCUCCUACAGCUCAUCCUGGGUAGGGUGUGUGUGUGUGUGUGUGUGUGUGUGUGUGUGUGUGUGUGUAAAGGAGGUGGCAACAGAAGCCAGGACAGGGGUGAGGCAGAGCCACCGACAAUGCAAAAGGGGAAGUAGAAAGGAUGGAGAAGUUGGGGUCUGAACAUAAACCGUAUAUCUCCUCUGAUUUGUGACCAGGUGCAGGAGAAGGCCUGAUAAUGUCACAUAUGUCGGUUCUUUGCCUGUAGAAAUGUUAAGUGGACGAGCCAUCAGAACCAUAAGAGUACCACUUUGUAUCCUCAUUGAAAUUAGUACUACUGUGACUCAAAAGCUGAUAGUAAAGAAAUAAUACUCUGUAGAGAAAAAGGUUUCAAGCUGAAUUGAUUCAUGUACUGACUAAUACAGAAUAAAUGUUAUAUUAGCUCAUUUA